GGCGCUAGCGGCGGCUCCUCCGCCUCCUCUGCCGGCCCCGGGGCAGCGCUGCCCGCCGGCGGGGGGGAGGGCGCGAUGGAUCCCAACAGGAUCAUCCAGGCGCUGAAGGGCACCAUAGACCCCAAGCUGCGCGUGGCCGCCGAGAACGAGCUCAACCAGUCCUAUAAGAUCAUCAAUUUUGCUCCAAGUCUGCUGCAAAUUAUAGUAUCCGAUCAAGUUGAAUUUCCAGUGCGUCAAGCAGCUGCCAUUUACCUGAAGAACAUGGUGACACAGUACUGGCCAGACCGUGAGCCACCUCCUGGAGAAGCAGUGUUUCCAUUCAACAUCCAUGAAAAUGAUCGUCAGCAGAUUCGUGAUAACAUUGUGGAAGGAAUAAUUCGUUCUCCUGACUUAGUGAGAGCCCAGCUGACCAUGUGCCUCCGUGCUAUCAUCAAACAUGACUUUCCUGGCCAUUGGACAGCUGUUGUGGACAAGAUAGGCUACUACCUGCAGUCCCCAAACAGUGGGAGUUGGCUCGGGAGCCUCCUGUGCCUGUAUCAGCUGGUGAAGACUUAUGAAUACAAGAAAGCAGAGGAGCGAGAUCCUCUUAUAGCAGCAAUGCAAAUAUUUUUGCCUCGGAUUCAGCAGCAGAUGAUCCAGCUUCUGCCUGAUAACUCCCAUUACUCUGUACUGCUUCAGAAACAGAUCUUAAAAAUCUUCUAUGCUCUUGUUCAGUAUGCACUGCCACUCCAGCUGGUGAAUAACCAGACUAUGACUCAGUGGAUGGAGAUCUUCCGGACUAUCAUCGAUAGAAAUGUACCUCUGGAGACUUUGCAAAUUGAUGAAGAUGAUAGACCAGAGCUGGUGUGGUGGAAGUGCAAGAAGUGGGCAUUGCACAUUGUAGCUCGUCUCUUUGAACGGUAUGGAAGUCCUGGAAAUGUAACUAAAGAAUACUUUGAAUUCUCAGACUUCUUUUUAAAAACCUACGCUGUGGGCAUACAACAGGUUCUAUUAAGAAUCUUAGACCAGUACAGGCAAAAAGACUACGUUGCACCACGUGUUCUUCAGCAAACGUUAAAUUAUCUGAACCAAGGGGUUAUUCACUCUGUUACAUGGAAGCAAAUGAAGCCACACAUACAGAGUAUAACAGAAGAGGUGAUAUUCUCUCUAAUGUGCUACAAAGAUGAGGACGAAGAGCUCUGGCAAGAGGAUCCCUAUGAAUAUAUCCGCAUGAAAUUUGAUGUAUUUGAGGAUUAUGCAUCCACUACGACAGCAGCACAGAAUCUCCUUUAUACUGCUGCAAAGAAGAGAAAAGAGGUAUUACCAAAAAUGAUGGCAUAUUGCUACCAGAUUCUGACAGAGCCAAACAUUGAUCCAAGGAAGAAAGAUGGAGCUUUGCAUGUUAUAGGAUCCUUAGCAGAUAUUUUACUGAAGAAGAGCGUUUUCAAGGAUCAGAUGGAGCUGAUGUUACAGAAUCAUGUGUUUCCCUUGUUCAUGUCAAACCUGGGGUACCUCAGAGCUAGAUCCUGUUGGGUACUUCAUUCAUUCAGUGCUUUGAAAUUUCACAAUGAGUUAAACUUGAGGAAUGCAGUAGAGUUGACAAAGAAGAGCCUGAUUGAAGAUAAGGAAAUGCCUGUCAAAGUAGAAGCAGCCAUAGCCCUUCAGACCUUAAUAAGCAACCAAGAACAGGCCAAGGAAUAUGUGAAGCCUUAUGUGAGGCCAGUUAUGCAGGAGCUCCUGCACAUCGUUAGAGAGACGGAGAAUGAUGAUCUUACCAAUGUAAUCCAGAAGAUGAUCUGUGAGUACAGUCAGGAAGUGGCUACGAUCGCCGUUGACAUGACUCAACACCUGGCUGAAAUAUUUGGUAAAGUACUUCAGAGUGAGGAAUAUGAGGAAGUAGAGGACAAAACAGUUAUGGCCAUGGGCAUCUUGCACACAAUUGACACAAUCCUGACAGUUGUGGAAGAUCACAAGGAGAUCACUCAACAGCUUGAGAGCAUUUGUUUACAGAUCAUUGGCCUUGUUUUGCAGAAACAUGUCAUAGAGUUUUAUGAAGAAAUUCUCUCCUUGGCCUUCAGCUUAACAUGCCAGAUGAUUUCACCUCAGAUGUGGCAGCUUUUAGGUGUUUUGUAUGAGGUUUUCCAACAGGAUUGCUUUGAAUACUUUGCAGAUAUGAUGCCUCUCUUGCAUAAUUAUGUGACCAUUGACACUGAUACCUUACUGUCUAACCCAAAGCAUUUAGAAAUCAUUUAUGCCAUGUGUAAAAAGGUACUAACAGGAGAUGCAGGAGAAGAUGCAGAGUGCCAUGCAGCCAAGCUCCUGGAAGUAAUUGUUCUUCAGUGCAAAGGACGGGGUAUUGACCAGUGCAUUCCACUCUUUGUGGAGGCUGUGCUGGAGCGACUCACCAGAGGAGUUAAAACAAGUGAGCUCCGUACCAUGUGUCUUCAAGUUGCCAUAGCUGCACUCUACUACAAUCCUGACCUACUUCUGCACACCUUGGAGAACAUCAGAUUUCCACACAAUCCUGAGCCCAUCACUGCACAGUUCAUAAACCAGUGGAUGAAUGACACAGACUGUUUUUUUGGACUCCAUGACAGAAAGAUGUGUAUAAUAGGACUGAGCAUCCUAAUGGAAUUGCAGAACCGACCACCUGCAGUGGAUGCUGUGGCUGCCCAGAUUGUUCCUUCAAUCCUCCUCCUCUUCUUGGGCUUAAAACAAGUUUGCGCCUCACGAGAACUCACAGAACAGGAGGAUCAUGCUAAAGAUGAAAAACACGUUGCAGAAGAUAAUGAAGAGAUACCGAGUGAUGAGGAUGAGACAAAUGAGGUGAGCCAAGCGAUGCAAGACAACCAUGGUGGAGAAGGAGGAGGUGGUGGUGGAGGUGUAGAGGAAGAGGAUGAAGAUGAUGAUGAUGACGAUGACUGGGAUGAAGAUGCAUUGGAAGAGACUGCUCUUGAAGGGUUCAGCACACCUCUUGACCUUGAAAAUGGUGUUGAUGAAUACCAGUUUUUUACACAAGCACUUCUAACGGUGCAGAGCCGGGAUGCAGCCUGGUACCAUUCCCUGACAGCACCGCUGAGUGAGGAUCAGAAGAAACAGCUGCAGGAAAUUUAUACAUUAGCAGAACACCGGCGAACUGCUGCAGAGAAUAAGACAAUAGAACAACAAAGUGGAUACACAUUUGACAACAAAGGACUGAUCACAUCAUUUAACUUUGCUGGAAGUACUCCCGGUGGCAACUGAAGGAUCAGCUACAAAGGUCAAUGGGAAUGGUCUCAUCAUUACAUUUUCUUGAAAUCAUCGUGACUUCUGGGUGAUAGGGGAGGGUAAUUUAAUGCUGCUGAAGGUUUUCUGGAAAUUAGCAGUGUGCUUCCCCCACCAGAAUGCUCUUUCUAACCAGCUACUGUAAUGUACAAAUUUUUGUGGUGUUUUUAUAAUUUGAUGGACUGAAAGGAAACGUUUGUCCUCAAGGAACCUGAAUGACUGGGAGGGGCCAGGCUGCAUCUAAUUGAGUUGCACUUCUCAGGUUUUUGCUGUGCAGAAUUGAUAGAUUCAUAUGGAUAACAGUGCCUUCUGUUGUACAUGGAUUGCCUGAACAAAUGGAUUUUGGAGUGCAUUAUAAUUUUUUAAGUGUAAGGACAUUUCUCGAUACACUGUAAGCCUUGGUUCCAUGUUUUCCAGUCACCUGCUUUCUACUGCUCGGUUUAACUGUUCGUUGGUUUCACACACAUUGCUGGAUUCAGAAUAUUGCAGCAUCUUCCUGUUUGGUGCAGACCAAAUGUGCAGAGGGAGUUGCAAAGCAUUCACUGGUUACGUGGAAGGGUUGUAACAAAAUUGCAGAUUUUCCCUUGAUGCAGGAGUCUUAAAGUAUUUCUCUUAGCCAUGAGUUCAACUGGCUGGAGUUAAAAUGGCAGGCCUGGCAGAUGGCUGUCCUAAAAUCUGCAUCUGUGUCACCUCCUGCCUGGACAAGUGGUGUGGCUGUCACAUGUAGAUGUUCUACAUGACAGCUUCUUAUUUCCACUAUUACUGAUGAAUAUUGCAUUUUACUUUGGAUUCUAUAAACCUCUUUUCUGAUUUUAUUCAUUCAUUACCAUUCCAGUGGUAUUACAAUGUGGUACAAAAGAUUUGCAAUAUUUUAUUUAUUUUGAUAGAAGAAACACUUCAGAAUUAAGCUUCAAACUUAAUUCUUACUGCUACACUUCAGUGAUUGUAUUUCUGGUCUGCAUUCCAGAUGGCUGUUCUUGUCCCAUGCUGAAAUUUCUUUUAUCUGACAUAUUUUUUCCCAUAUUUCAAGGACUGCCUCCGCCAGUGGAGGUUUAGAUUAGAUAUUAGGAAAAAAUUUAUUCUCUGAAAGGGUGGUCAGACAAUGGAACAGGCUGCCCAGGGAAGUGUUGGAAUCAACAUCCCUGGAAGUGUUUAAACAUGUGGAUGUAGCACUUAGCGACACAGUUUAGCAGUGAACGCGGCAGUGCUGGGUUAACAGUUGUACCUGAUGAUCUUAGAGGUCUUUUCCAACCUAAACAAUUCUAUAUAACAAGGUGUUUGUGGAUAAGUUCAUUUAGUCAGAAAGUGAUAGCAGUACCAGUUUGAAUAGGUGCCCCUCUUUUAGAUCUAUUGGGAUCGAGGUGGUGUAGCAAAAAUCAGUAGGGGUGCAUUAGAAUGUGAACUUUGGAUGGGAGAUAAAAUGUUUAGACCAGAUUUUGUUUCUACGUGUUAAUUUCUUUAUGACUUAAAAAUAUUUACCAGGCAAGUUUAAACACACACUGAUAAUCUGCUUUAUAGCAGUGUCCCAAAUGAAAAGUUUAAAGUCCUUUCCAUCCCCCAUGAAGUUUUUCACGAUUACAGUAAACGUAGCCCUGGGCAGUGCUGAAGCUUUCAUUUUUAUGUGUCAGAGUAAUUCUGGUGGAGUCUGAGCACUCUACACCUUGGCUUCUGGAAAAGACGAAGUGUCUCUGUGUGUUCCUUCUGGAAUUUUCCUAGCCUGGCAGCUGUGGGGCAGAAGGUUCCUCGCUGCUUUCCUUUUUUUUUGCACCUUUGUGCCAGACUCAGAUGCUUUUUCUGCCGCUGCUUCUUUUUGUUUGUUUGUUUUCCCAACAUAGCAGCUGCAGAGUAAAGUUGGCCUGGUUCAUGUAGGUUUUUCACUGGUGCUACUCAAUUAAUAGCAACAGUGAAAAUUUCUCACUUUUAGGCCUGUUGUAAAUAGGGAAAACUGUGAGAGUUCCAGGGUCUGUAUUUCCAAAAGGGAACAAUCUUUUGAGCUGCAUUGACAGGCUCUUUAAACUCAAGCAGCAGAGGGCCAGGAUUUCCUUUAUUUUGAAUGUCAGGCUAUGAAAAUUAGAGGUUAUUUUUGCUAAUUUAGGCCGGGGCUGUAUGGUCUGAGACAGUAAGUAGGAAAGCAUUACAUCCAGGGUGUUGGGGAGUUUCUCAGAAACCACAGAAGUUUCGAAAUCCUUCAAAAAUUUAAUGGUUUUUGGAAGUUAAGGCGACUGACAACUUCUCUCUUACCUGUCAGCUGAAGUUAAGUAUUAGGCAGGUAAACUAUUUAAACCCUUUGUUAUUUUAUUAAAAGAAACAAAUUUGUUGAGUUGGCUUUUUUCCAAAGCCUGUUUGCCUUCUCUACACUGGCACACAGAGUAGAAGAGGGAUUUAUUUUUCUUCUGCUAAUGAGGUUGCUUGCACAGUCUCAGGCUAAUAUUCAGGAGUUAAUGUGCUCAAGGAAAAGUCUGCUUUUGCAUAGCAUCAUCUUUGUGUCACUCGGCUGAACUAUGGCUGCUCCCUAGUUCUGCUUCUUGUGUACUUUUCAAAUCGACUGCCAAGAAAAUUUCAUCCAGAUGUUUCUUACAAGGGGUUUAAUCAGCAGCAUGGAGUCGGGAAUCUUUGUUGUCUCUUUUGCAGUGGGGUCAGAGAUGUCUGAGGGGAUGGCAUGUAAAAAGGUUAAAUGCCCUUCCCUUCCCAGGAGAUUCAUGAGCAAAUGUUUCUGCUGGCAAAAGCAAAUGUUAAUUAUUUUAUUCCUUUUUUUGAAAAGGGUUUUCAUCCAAAAAGAUUUAUUGGGCUCUAGCCUCCACUUUAACAUAUGGUUCUCUUUUAACAUGAUAAAUAUCCGUUUGUACAUGAUCAUAAAUAGGUAAUGGAUUUUAGGGGUUUCUUUCUGAGCUCUGUCCGGCUUUGUACUACAUUAAAGGGAGAGUAACACGAAUGUGCAUUACUGUCUCACUUGCAAGCCAAGGUAAUCGUGGAAUAUCAGAUACCAGCAUUGCCAAUCAAGCAUGAUGUAUUUGCCAUUGAAAGUACAGAGAAUCGUGAAUGUAUUGUAAAAUAAAACAAAGGCUGUGAAAACUGGUGACCUACCUUGCCCCGUGCCCAUAUUCCCAAAGUAUGAAGGUGACUCACGUGGGCACCACGGUGGCUUUGCACAGGAAAUGAGCAUUAUGUGGGUGAUAAUCAUAGCAAAUGUUAACUUGCAAAAGCUUCUUUUUCAGAUAAAAUUAACUGAUCCUGGGUAUUGAAUUGCAUAUGCUGUUUUGUCACUCUUGAAAGGAAAAAUAAGAAUCACCACAUGUUUUGACUGCCUCUUUUUGCUCUUUCUUUCAACAUUGAAGUACUUGGUUUGCUUUCAUUACAAAGCAGAAUCUUUAAUCAGAAAGCUCCAGGAAGAGUGCAGAAUAUCAAGCUGAGGAAAAAGCUGAAAAAUUCUAAACCUCAACAAUCCCCCAAAACCCGCAUGUGCACAGUCUGAGUGAUAUAAAUAUGCUUUGGGAGUGUGAGUCAAAAUAUGUAAAGAAUGUUACACAAAAUGAUGUUGUGAGGUUCUUUGCUUUAGGGAAAAAAGCUGCCCGUGGGGUGUCAGGAAGACAUGAAAUGAACUGCUUUAGGAUGUGCCCUUUGCCUGUGAAGUCGUGGCAGUUUGUGACUCUGGAUUCCAUCAUGCAUUGUAGAGGAGAGAUGGUAGGACAACAGGAUUUUUUUUUUUCUUACUACAAAGCAAGAGUCUGAAUUGAGACUUUCGUGGGCCAGAGGAAUUGUGGACAACCUGAAUGAUUAACUGUCUUUCUGUUCCAGAAUACUUUUCAGUCUUUUUCUUCCCUCCUUUUCUUCUCUUUGCUAACCACAAUGUUAUGGGAUAUUUCAGGGAGUAUUCAAAAUACCUGAAAAGAUAAACCUUAAGCAAUUUUUAUAAAACCUGUUGUUCUUGAAGCAAUGCAACCUAUCAAUUGCAUUUCUGUAUAUAGAACAAAGUCUCUCAUUUGGCAUAUGCAGGUGAUACAGAACUACAAAACUCCCUCACUUGUGCCUGUGGUUUGGGUGGAUGUGGAGAGGAUGAACCUCUCUGUGAUUUACUUCUAAAUACGGGGCUUUGAAAUCUCCACACCUCAGACUGAACUGUGCUGGAAGGAUAGGCAAACAUGCCCUAUGUAAUGUAGCUCCCAGUCCUCGUCUGACAUGUGCUGUAGUCAGUCUCGAUAAUGUUUGGUGGUCUGGUGGUCAGUUCUCCAAGGAUCUCCAUCUCUGAUUGAGGACAUUCUUCAAGUCCAAGAGACUGUCUUUGCAGGUGGACAGGGAAUCUGUUUUCCCUCACUGCAGCAAAGCCUACAGCAGGUGGGGCUAUGAACUUCUUGACCUUAUGAGUGAAAGUAGCACCCUUUCCUUUUGGGUGUCAAACCUUGAUAGGAUGUAUGUGAUAGAACACUGAUGGAUGUUCCCAACGUGUUAAAGGAAGCCAGGCAACUAUUCCAGAUAGCAGGAAGUCUUAGUAUAAAACCAGGAUGUAUGAGCAGGUCAAGCUGAUUGCUUUGGACAUCUCUUGACUGCUUUUGCUUUUGUAAAGCCAAUCAAGCAAAACCAGUGUAAAAUGAAGGAAAACUAAAGCAAUGCUUUGGCACUAGACAGGUAGAAACAUUCCUGGCCUGUGGAUCUAAUCCCAGUACUCACUGUGGAUACACUCAGAUACUUUUCAAACACAACAUGCAAUAUCUGUAUGGAUGUCAGUACCCUGACUGACAGCCAUUAAUGAGAGGUGAAGACUCUAAGAUGAUUUUUCUCUGACAGAAAUCAACUGCAUCCCUUUAAAAAGUCUGGGAACUACUUAUCCUGGCUGAUGUGCAGUCACCAAUGGAAAACACUCAGUGGGAUUACAGUCUUUCCUAAAGAUUCUCAGCAUACAUCCCACUAAAGGGCUACCAACAGUGCUCCGUGGCUAGGGAGCUGGCUGAUGAAGUACUCCUUGACUAAAAGAGUUUCGGGGAACACCAAUUUGGAGAGGAUCUAUAGGUGAUGUGUUUAUGUGAUCUCAGAUCUGCAGUGUUGCCUAGAUCUUCUAGAGGAUGCCGUUUGGUGAGGUGCUUUGAAUUUGGGAUCAGAAAGGAAUUCCAGUCCAGGUUCUCCCCUCUUCCCCUUUCCAAGCAAAUCCAGUGUAAAGUGAAGAACUAAAGCAGUGCUUGGGCCACAGACAGGUAGAAACUUUCCUGGCCUAUGGAUCUGAUCCCAGUGCUCACUGCAGAAGUGCCUGUGAGUUUUGUGAUUGGCUCUGAUGGAGCCAGGCUUUUACCCAAGCACUUUGCUACAUCCUAGUGUUUGGAUCACUGCUAAUACUUUCCACUGGCAGUUGUCCAUAUCAAAAACAACAAAGUGAAAGUGCUGUAUUAAGUCCAAGAUUCUCUUUAUAGGCUGUACAGAGGUUCACAGUUUUAAGUGCUUAAUCUCUAUGAGUGGUGGGGUAGGAGGUGACCUUUCAGAUGCACUGAUUUCUCCAAUGUGAACACUGUAGUGUCAGCUCCACGAUUCACCUGAGUGUUGGUCAGGGGCUGCCUGCUGGACCAUCUGAGAUUAUGUUACAGGAAGUGAAAUGCAAAAACUUAAAAAAAUUACUUGAUGCUUAAAACUGUUGAGCAACAAAAGUGAGUGUUUUCUUGAAAAUGAGAUUUUUUUAUGUUAUUCUCAGGUAUAUUUUAAUUUUCAUGUUUCAUGCCCUUAUGCAAAAUGCAAAAUUACUACAUGACAUGGAGGCCUAUUGAUUUUUUCUCACUGGGACUGUUUACCACUGAUGGUGUUUAUGCAAGAAUUGUUCCUCAUUUUUAGGUAUUUUCAACAUGUUUGCUACCAAAGUUGCACAUACCCAUCUUUCACAACUUUUCAUGCACAGAGAUAUUGGAAACAAACUCAACAAAAGGAAGAACAGUGCUUUGAAAAUAGAAGACUAUGCAUAAGCAGGUUAUUUUUAGAAAACAGAAGAACUAUGGCUUCUGAAGAAAAUACUAAACAAUAAAUAUUUAUACGAAAGUGCAUGAGCUAAAGAAAUGAAUAUAAGACUAUAUAAGCAAGACACAUUCUUUGAUCACAGCUGUAAUGUUUAUUUUUCACUGCCAAACAACGUGUGACACUUUUGAUUGCAUGUGCUGUUGGUAUUAUGCUUAAUGUAAAUCACAUGGAAUGUUUUGGGGCUCGGAAAGAGACCAAAGAGGCCAUGCAGAUUUCUUUUGAUAUGAAAAGCAAAGAUAUGAGCCCAUGCCUGCAGUGACUAGAGGGAGCCUGCUAUGUGCUACAUUAGCAGAUUGAAUUGCAGGAUCAUCACCUUUGUAAGAAGCUUGAAAUAUUAAACUCUGGGUUGGCUUUGAGGGCAAGAAUUGACAAAUGCAAAGCAUGCAUCGAUGACAAGAAGAACCUUUUCCUAGCCUAAAGAAUUCUGUACAGUGUUCUCUUAAGCUGUGCUGAAUUUGCUUUAAAAAUAGUAAUAAAUCUUAUUGCUUAGGUCAAA